AUGAAAGAAGUCACCCAACUACUGAGAUCCAAGGGGAUACAAUACAGAUGGGGACCAGGGCGCAGACUCUCUGUCAACAAUGACGGCAAAAGAGUUCACAUCACCCAAGCAAGUGACUCUGUAGCAUUUCUACAAACCUUGGGAAUAUCCCUGGAGGCCACUACAAGCACUACCUCAGCAGCAAAGACAUCGGCGAACAUGUCCAGGAUAUGGGACGUCAAGAGAAUCCAACCCUUUAUCCCAAGAACGAGUG